ACGCCGGUGGAAACGCGUCGCCGUCGCGAGUACCAUGGCUUCAUCGGGGACCCCGGCGUCCCCGCGCUAGGAUAACCAAUACUGUGAUACAACCAAGACUAGUUCGAAACCCAAGUGAUACAGUGCCGUGCGCGAGUGUGAGUGUGUGUGUGUGUGAGUGAAAGUGCCCUUUGGAUUACCGCCGCUCUUGGAUUGCCCUUUGGAUACCUUGCCGCCGACCACCGUGCCGCCGCGCCCCGGGACCAGCAUGCUCGUGCCGCAGGACAUGAUGGCCUCGCAAUCCAAGCUGCUCUACCAAAUCAACAAAUACUACGGCGAGCGGGUGCAGACUCGCAAGGGCCACAUCGCCAAGACGAUACGAGAGGUGUGCAAGGUGGUGCAGGACGUGCUCAAGGAGGUGGAGGUGCAGGAGCCCCGGUUCAUCUCGUCGCUCACGGAGUGCAAUGGCCGCUACGAGGGCCUGGACGUCGUCUCCCCCGGCGAGUUCGAGGUGGUCCUCUACCUCAACCAAAUGGCAGGCGUGUUCAACUUCGUGGACGACGGCUCCCUCCCCGGGUGCGCGGUGCUCAAGCUGUCCGACGGCCGCAAGCGCUCCAUGUCCCUGUGGGUCGAGUUCAUCACGGCGUCCGGAUACCUGUCGGCUCGAAAGAUCCGCUCCAGGUUCCAGACGCUGGUCGCCCAGGCGUGCGACAAGUGCGCCUACAGGGACUCGGUCAAGAUGAUUGCGGACACCACCGAGGUCAAGCUGCGCAUCCGGGAGAGGUACAUCGUGCAGAUCACGCCGGCCUUCAAGUGCUCGGGCGUGUGGCCGCGGUCCGCGGCGCACUGGCCCAUCCCCCACAUCCCCUGGCCGCACCCCAACCUGGUGGCCGAGGUCAAGACGGAGGGCUUCGACCUGCUGAGCAAGGAGUCGGUGGCCAUGCAGGGCAAGCAGUCCGCCAUGGAGGGCGACGCCUGGGUGCUGUCCUUCACGGACGCGGAGCUGCGCCUGCUGCAGGGCGGCUGCCGGCGCCGGUGCCUGUCGCUGCUCAAGACGCUGCGGGACCGGCACCUGGACCUGCCCGGCAACCCCGUCACCAGCUACCACAUGAAGACCCUGCUGCUGUACGAGUGCGAGAAGCACCCGCGCGAGGCCGAGUGGGACGAGUCCUGCCUGGGCGACCGCAUCAACGGCAUCCUGCUGCAGCUCAUCUCGUGCCUGCAGUGCCGCCGCUGCCCGCACUACUUCCUGCCCAACCUGGACCUGUUCAAGGGCAAGUCCCCCAGCGCGCUGGAGAACGCCGCCAAGCAAGUGUGGAGGCUCACGCGCGAGCUGCUCACCAACAGCCGCUCCCUGGAGAAGCUGUGAGGACUGCCUCCAGCCGCCUCCAGCCGCCUCCAGCGUUCAGGUCCCCGAGGACGACGGCGGCGCUCCCGGACGCCCCAGGCCGCCCUGGAGCGUCCGGGAGCGUCCUGGAGGGGCCGCCGUCAAAGACUUUGUUAGCUUUUUGUUUAUUAUUGCCCCUUUGUUGAAUCCGAAGAAUUAAAACAAGACUGUGAGUGAAUAGGGAAGUUGGGUUGUGAUGGUGCUGACUUGUCACCCGCUAUACUAGUCUCAGCAGACACACACCAGAUGGACAGAAGUUGCCUCGAAACUCGUGUCUCAUGUAUACGUACAAAUUCUAUAUUUCGUUGAACUAUUGUGUUUAAAUAUUUGUGUUACAUUUGUGUUUUUAUUUCUUUUUUAUGUAUCGCAGCGGGGUCGACCAAGGUGCGGCUCCGCUGCUUCUUUCCCUUAAUUUAAUGUAAAUAACACUUAAAUUUAUCUUUAUAUACUUUGUGACAGAAACGUAUACUGUUUGUCGCAGUACGGAGACUGCCAGACGACUUAUGAUAAACGCAUUAAGAUUAUAAGAUGGAUCUCAAUUCCGAAAGCAUGUUAUUCCUUAGCACAUUAACCCGGUACGCCUAGCAACUAGAAGACUUGUAAAAUUUAGACUUAACCUGAUUCGUCAGGACGCUUUUUACGGAGACAACUGUCACCACCACUGUUACAGUGCAAUACUUGCCCGGUUCGCUGUUGUUAACUUUGUAACAAUAAAUUUGAUUACGAAAGCGA